UUGAUCGUUCCCUGCAACAGAGUGUUGAUUUCCAACAUACACGUACACAGAGUGAUGGCUGAGGAGGCUACUUUUGAUGCAGAGGACCACCCUCACACUCGCUUCAACCCCCUCAAGGGACAGUGGGUCCUUGUCUCUCCUCAUAGGCUGAAGAGACCUUGGAAAGGACAGAUUGAAGCGACACUACCUGAGGCUGUUCCUCGCUGGGACGCCAACAAUCCUCUCUGCCCUAGAGUGACUCGACCCAGUGGAAAGGAAAAUGAUGACUAUGAAAAUACGUAUGUGUUCACGAACGAUUUUCCUGCCCUUUUCCCGGACGGCCCAUCCCCAGGGCCUCCCAAACACCCACUUUUGCAAUCAGGAGAAGCUCAAGGAACUUGCCGAGUUAUGUGCUUCCAUCCGUACUCUGACCUCCAACUGGUUUCAAUGACGCAAGAUGACAUCAUUAAGGUCAUCGAGAGAUGGAUGGAACAAACUGCCGAGCUCGGCGAAAAGUUCAAGUGGGUCUCAAUCUUUGAGAACAAAGGAGUGGCCAACUCCAACAAUCAUCCGCAUUGUCAGAUUUGGGCCACUUCUUUUCUUCCGAACGACCCGCUGCAAAUGGAUACCAACCAGAGGCAGUACUAUGCUGAGAAAGGACGUCCCAUGUUAGUGGAUUACGUGCAGCUAGAAAUGAAGGAAAAGGAGAGGAUUGUAGUAGAGAAUGAACACUGGCUCUAUGUCGUUCCAUUCUGGGCUACAUGGCCGUAUGAGACCAUGCUUCUCCCAAAGAGACAUAUUCUGCGAUUAACUGAUCUCACAGAAGACGAGAUCAAGAGUUUGGCCUCCAUUAUGAAAAGAAUGUUAGUCAAAUACGAUAAUCUAUUUGAGUGUUCUUUCCUGUACACUAUGGGAUGGCUGGGUGCCCCCACUGGACCCGGGUAUAAAGAUGUGGACUAUUCUCACUGGCAGCUGUUUGCUACCUACAACCCACCCCUUGUUCGAUCAGCUACCGUGAAGAAACUGCUUGGCGGGUUUGAGCAUUUUGCACAGCUGCAGAGAGAUCUCACUGCAGAAACGGCUGCCAAGAAGCUCAGAGAUCUCCCAGAUGCUCAUUACACUGAGAAGCUAAAGCAAUAGGACUUAUAGAUGAUGUGUCUUAAAAGAAAGUGCCAUGUCAUUAUGGGAAUUAUUUUGUGCAAUGACAAUGUGAAUGUUUCAAAUAAUUGGCCUGAGUUUGA